AUGGGGCCCGGGGCCCGCGCCGCUACUCGUCGGCAGAGUCGCUCCAUCCGAGCGCCUUCUGACGCGGCGCUGACGCGGCGUGUGCGCAGGCGGUGCGGCGGCGGCCGGGCUGGCCGCGCCGCGCGGCGCGCUUGUGGCCGCGCUCUCGCUUGUGCUCGCCGCCCCGCACUGACCGGGCGCUGCACACGCGGCGGCGGCGACGCGCCGGUGGAGGGCUUCGCGUGGUGGUGGGCUCUGUUAGCGGGCGGGGCGCUGGCCGCGGCCGGCGCGGCGGCGUGGUGCCGGCGGCGCCGCCCGCGCCGCCCGCCGCCGCCGCCGCGCCCGCCGCCGCGUCCGAGGGCGCCGCAAGCCUGCGCCGCGCGCCUAGCUGCGCCUCGCGACACGGUAUGACGAAGCGCCGGCGCGAGACGCCGAACACUUACGCACCGAUAGAUGAAUACACGAUUUUAAAAUA